AUGUCUACAUCAAAAUCAACAACCGAUACCAUAGUUGCUGAUACAAUGGUUCAAGGCUCUGAUGAUACUGAGAAAGUAAAAGCUGUCCGAGGUAUCAUACGGAGACUACAGAAAUACUGGCUGGUUGGUACUUUACUCGGUAUUACCCACUUCAUUUUGGGCAUUGUGGCGGUUGCUAAUCCUUGUACGUUCGGCUCUCAUGCCAUUGGUUUGUCAGAAUAUGGGACUUGCUUCUGGCUUGCGGGAGUGGUAACUUUACUGAGUAUCGUAGGAUUCUGUAUCGCCUUGACAAGAAAAUUUACGGAAAGAAAUAUUAAAAUUCAUGGAGCUAUGGCCGCUUUGGGAACUAUUAUGACUAUCGUAGGAUAUGUACUAUUGGGAAUUAAUUUAACAAAACUGCUGGAUUUAAAGAAUGGUCAGGCUUAUAUCGUAAAUUCAUCCUGCACUGUAGCCGUAAGCCUAAUUAAAACGUCGUCCAUAAUUAUCACCCUUGGUUUAUUUAUUGUCGUUACAAUCUACCUGAUAAUAUGCGGAUAUACACUUCAGUCCUAUUACUACACCUCGGAAGACCUAAUCAAACUCAGUAAAUCUGGAUUGCCUGUUCAGUUCUGUUUAUCUUAUGUUACUUCCAUGGCUAUUUUAUCUCAUGGUUCGCUAUUAAAAGUUAAUUCUGAUCUCUGA